UGCAAUAAUAUUUCCCAUUUUCAUCUGCUCUUCUCACUGUUGAACUUCUAACAUCGUACUUUGUCUUAACUCACAAAGAUUCAGCCAUAGACUUUGUGCUCGAUGAGAUUUUCAUCUGCGUUCUUUUUUCUCAGCUCUUGAUGAAGUUUGAAGGGAGGGCAAUAAGUAAAUAGAUGGAGUCAAAGUCAUUGAGACUGAUAACCCAUCAAUCAUUUUUCAGAGCCAUUGGAUCUGGAGACCUUGAGUCUCUCAAAAACAUCAUCAAUAAUGAAGGGUUGGAUCCAUCUUCUUCUUCUUCUUCUUCUUCUUCUUCUUCUUCUCUGUUGGGCUUACAGAACGAUGCAGGUGAAACUGCUUUGUAUAUCGCUGCUGCCAAUAACUUCCAGCAGAUUGCAAGUUAUUUGCUUGGAUUCUGUGAUUUGGAGACUGCGUUGAUCAGGUCCAAAGCUGAUUUCAAUGCCUUUCAUGUUGCUGCAAAAAAUGGCCACUUGGGUAUUGUGAGGGAACUUUUAGCCAUGUGGCCUGGACUUUGUAAAGUAUGCAAUGCCUCAAAUACAAGCCCUCUUUAUUCAGCUGCUGUCCAGGGACAUUUGGAUGUUGUGAAUGCCAUUUUAGAUGCAGAUGCGAGCUCCAUACGAAUUGUUAGGAAGAAUGGAAAGACUGCACUGCACACCGCUGCUAGGUAUGGCCUUCAACAUAUCGUGAGAGCACUUAUAGAGCGAGAUCCAGAUAUAAUAUCCAUCAAAGAUAAAAAGGGUCAAACUGCACUUCAUAUGGCUGUUAAAGGUCAGGAUACUUCUGUGGUGGAGGAAAUACUGGAUACGGACAAUUCAAUAUUGAAUGAGCGUGACAAGAAGGGGAACACAGCGUUGCAUAUAGCCACACGGAAAUGUCGUCACCAGAUCGUAAGCCUUCUGCUCACUUACACGUCCCUUGAUGUCAAUGCAAUUAAUAACCAAAAGGAAACUGCAAUGGACUUAGCAGAUAAACUACAAUAUGGAGACCUGACUUUGUUAAUUAAGGAAGCCCUGGCUGAGGCUGGUGCAAAACAUGCCAGAUUUGUGGGUCAAUUUGAUGAAGCAUCAGAACUUAAGAGGACUGUAAGUGACAUUAAGCAUGAGGUGCAGUCCCAGCUUAUACAAAACGAAAAGACCCGAAGGCGUGUUUCUGGUAUUGCUAAAGAACUUAGGAAGAUUCAUAGAGAAGCUGUUCAGAAUACCAUUAACUCUGUGACUGUGGUUGCUGUUUUAUUUGCCUCUAUUGCUUUUCUGGCUAUAUUCAGCUUGCCAGGCCAAUAUCUGGAGACUGGUCCUGAAGCAGGAAAGGCCAGAAUUGCCAAUACUGUUGCGUUUCGUGUGUUCUGCCUCCUGAAUGCUACCUCUCUCUUUAUAUCUCUCGCUGUUGUCGUCGUUCAGAUUACUCUGGUUGCCUGGGAUACUAGAGCUCAAAAACAAAUUGUCUCAGUCGUGAACAAGUUGAUGUGGGCAGCCUGCGUUAGUACUUGCGGAGCAUUCCUAGCUGUUGGUUUCGUUGUUGUAGGGAAGAAAAGUUCAUGGAUGGCAAUCACUAUUACUGUGCUUGGUGCACCAAUUCUUAUUGGAACGCUGGUUAGCUUGUGCUACUUCGUUUUCCGACAGCAUUUUGGAAUAUGUGGUAGUGAUUCUCAAAGGCGUAUCAAAAGAGCAAGUGGGAGCAAAUCUUUCUCGUGGUCAUACUCUGCAAAUAUUUCUGAUUUGGAUGACUACAACUCUGAUGAGAAAAUUUAUGCUCUGUGACAUUGUGGCAUGUUCUAUCUGAAAGAGUUUUAGUACUACAUAAUCACGGCUUUCCACAUAUCGUUAAAACCUACUCCUAACAAGUUGCUGGAUCAAAAUGACUUUCUACGUAUCGUGGGGACGAGAUAUAUUGAAAGUGUAAUCAUACUCUGUUGACACCAGUGUCCCUUUUUUGCGUUAAGAUCCCAUGUCAUCGAGAAGGUCAACGUGAUGUUUGGUCGAGAUACACAUGCAUCAGGUAUUCAUUUUGAACACAAUGCAAGAAAAUUCCUCCUUUUUUUUUUUUUUUUUUUUUUUGCUCAUAGCGUGUGGUAUGAUGGAAAAGUAAAAUCUGGAGCUGGUAGUUAGUUGUAUAGGUUUAGCAGCUUUGCUUCAGUCCUUCAGGAUGUCCAUUUAUAUAAGGUCAUCUGUUUCUAAUAAAUACUUUUGUGGUGUGCACCCCUUUGAUGUAGAAUAAGAGUCAAUGUUGCUCGGACUCUCCAAAACAGCUGCCGUACCCAUGGAGGAUCCGAUAUGAACCCAUCAAUAUUUCGGAGGAACCGAGCAACAUAGAUAAGAGUAUGAAUUGAGGUUUGUACAUACUAGUGCAGGACUCUUUGAAAUCCAAUAAAAAGCUUGUAAGUUUGUUGGAAGAAACUAUAGCAUAACAAGAUUUGUUUUACAGCAGCACCGUUACUAUUAUUUUACUGAGGCUGGAUUGAGGUAUGAAAAU